AUGACGGAGCCGCCAACGGCCAACCCAGGCUUUGCAAAAAGCCUUCCCCGCGGCGUAGGGAAAGUCGGCGGCGAAGACGGACCGAACGAAAUUGUCAAUAACCAGGGCGCCAUUGGCGUGUACCAGUUUUACUUUUAUAAUGGCGUAUCGCCGUGUAGGCCAGAAGCCGGCACGCAAAGGGUAGCCACGCUGGAAAGAUUAGGCGACCGAGAAGACGCGGCUGCCGAACAGGAUCGUGAGGAUGGGUGGCCCUCAUUUCUUGUCAUCUACUGCAUCUAUCAUUUGCACCUCAAGCCCCUCCCAGGCCCCUACAUCACCUCGCCACCCCCAGGUAGGGUUGGAUGGUCCCAACUACUCAGCGAGGUUUAA